AUGGCGCCGUCUUUCGCAAUCAACGACGGCUUUACCGGCACCAGAAUCACUCCUCCUUCAGACACCGGCCGAUUCGCCGCCGUCUACAGUGAGGUCCAAAACAGCCGCAUCGACCACGCCCUCCCUCUCCCCUCCGUCCUCAAACGCCCUUUCAUCAUCGUCGACGGUCCCCAAAGUUCCGCCGCCGGCAAUCCUGAUGAGAUCGCGAAGUUGUUUCCAAACCUGUUCGGGCAACCGCCGGCGAGUUUGGUGCCUAGUGAUUCCCACGCGCUGCAUGCGAACCAGAAGCUGAAGAUUGGCGUGGUUCUGUCCGGUGGUCAGGCUCCCGGCGGUCACAAUGUGAUUUCUGGAAUAUUCGAUUACCUGCAAGAGAAAGCAGAAGAAAGCACAUUGUAUGGUUUCAGGGGUGGUCCAGCUGGCAUCAUGAAGUGCAAAUACGUUGAACUCACCUCAGACUAUAUUUAUCCUUAUAGAAAUCAGGGUGGUUUUGACAUGAUUCGCAGUGGGAGGGACAAGAUUGAAACUCCAGAGCAGUUUAAACAAGCUGAAGAAACAGUGCAGAAGCUAGAUUUGGACGGCCUAGUGGUUAUUGGUGGAGAUGACUCAAACACAAAUGCAUGCCUCCUUGCUGAGCAUUUCAGGAGUAAAAAUAUGAAAACUCGUGUGAUUGGGUGCCCUAAAACCAUUGAUGGUGAUUUGAAAUGCAAAGAAGUUCCCACAAGUUUUGGGUUUGAUACAGCAUGCAAGAUUUAUGCAGAAAUGAUUGGCAAUGUUAUGAUAGAUGCUCGAUCAACUGGAAAAUAUUAUCAUUUUGUUCGGCUUAUGGGACGUGCAGCUUCACACAUUACACUGGAAUGUGCUUUGCAAACUCAUCCGAACAUUACUAUUAUUGGAGAAGAGGUUGCUGCCAAGAAGAUGACACUGAAAGAUGUCACUGACUACAUUGUGGAUAUCAUUUCUAAAAGAGCCGAGGAUAAUUAUAACUAUGGGGUCAUUCUUAUCCCUGAAGGUCUAAUUGAUUUCAUUCCUGAGGUCCAAUACCUUAUAGCAGAACUCAAUGAAAUUCUGGCCCAUGAUACUGUGGAUGAGGGAGGGCUAUGGAAGAAGAAACUCUCUGAUCAGUCGCUAAAUCUCUUUGACUUUUUACCUAAAGCAAUUCAAGAACAAUUAAUGCUUGAAAGAGAUCCUCAUGGAAAUGUUCAGGUUGCCAAGAUUGAAACAGAGAAAAUGCUUAUUCAAAUGGUUGAAACUGAGUUGGAGAAGAGAAAGCAACAAGGCACAUAUAAAGGUGGAUUUAGAGGGCAGUCCCACUUUUUCGGAUAUGAAGGGCGAUGUGGCUUGCCAACUAAUUUUGAUUCUUCUUACUGCUAUGCAUUGGGUUACGGUGCUGCAGCCCUCCUGCAAAGUGGGAAGACUGGAUUAAUAUCCUCAGUUGGGAAUUUGUGUGCUCCUGUAGAAGAGUGGACUGUUGGUGGGACUGCACUCACUUCACUGAUGGAUGUGGAGAGGAGACAUGGAAAAUUCAAGCCUGUGAUCAAGAAGGCAAUGGUAGAGCUUGAAGGGGCACCCUUCAAAAAGUUUGCCUCCUUGCGGAGUGAGUGGGCCCUAAAAAAUCGCUACAUCAGUCCAGGUCCGAUUCAAUUCACCGGCCCAGGAUCCGAUGCUAUUAGUCAAACUUUACUCUUGGAGCUUGGUGCACAAGCUUAG